GUGGAAACGCUCCUUAGGCUGUGAGCCCUCAGGCUAUCAACUUGACUUCAGCUUUUUGGCAUCUACAGCUUCGUCUUCAGUCAUGGGAAUUGUCUACAGCGUUGGAGAGGUUGACCACCUCUACACCUUCUUUGUGCAAUGGUCGCCAGACAUCUACAGCAAUGGCAAGAAGAAGUGCUGCAAGUCCUACAACAACGUCAGGAAGACAGCCCACAGCGCCUACCGCGUCGUGUCGUGGACAAGGCCGCAACACCUCUGGCUUGCGGCCUUUGCUGCAAAGAAGUGGGAGAUCAUCACGGAGAAGGACUCAAAGCACCGCCUGAGUCUCUGCGGCUCGGUGGAGUCUGAGGUGGAUGAGACUGAGUACCAGGAGGUGGAGGAUGAUUUUCCUGUCCUGAGCCACGCCAGCCAGCUGCUGGACGACUUUCACCUGCAGAAGAUUGCAGCUAACUUGCCUCCAAGGACCCAGGGGUAUCCGUGGCAACUAGUUUACAGCACCGUCAACCAUGGGAGCAGCCUAAAGACGCUCUACAGGAACAUGGCUGACCUGGACAGCCCCGUGCUGCUGGUCAUCAGAGACAUGCACAAAAAGGUGUUUGGAGCUUUUUGCUCGGAUCCGUUCAGAGUCAGUAAAUACUGCUACGGAACGGGCGAGACCUUCUUGUUCAGCUUCAAUCCUGACUUCCAGCAAUACAGGUGGAGCGGGGAGAACUCCUACUUUGUGAACGGCAACUGGGAAUCUCUGCAGAUUGGUGGAGGAGGGGCUGGCUUUGCUCUCUGGUUGGAUGCUGACUUGUACCACGGCGCCAGCUUUUCCUGCCCCACCUUCCGCAACGCUCCUCUGUCCACCAAUGAAGACUUCAUCGUGCAAGACGUUGAAGUCUGGACUGUACAGAACUGAAUGGGGGAAGCACUGUGAAAAUAAGACUUUCUGUCUGAAGUUAUGACACUUCAAGGUCAGCCAACCCCUUAUGCUGCAUCCGGACGGAGCCUCCGCUGUCGGAGACGCAUCAGGACCAGAGCAACCUGCGCAGCACGAAGCCGUACGCGGCUGGUCCCCUCGGUGGGCUUCCUGCUCGGUGAACUGGAACUGUGAGAAGCAAGUGGCAGGGGCCACCGCCGUGGCCCCGCCGGUGGCCCUUUGCGAUCCUGAAAAGCAUUUUGGCACAACGUUCACACCGUUCACACUGUUUGUUUACAGUUCUAAAAUUGUAUGCAUUCCCUGUGAUGAUGAUGAUGUGUGUGUGCGUGUGUGUUUACACCUGCUUGUGCAUCAUUUGCUUGAUGGUAAAACAAAACAAACACUGUAAAAGGAUAGGAGAUACAGCUGCCUGUCUGAGCUGGUUUGGUUUCAGCGUAACUCCUUUUGAGUAGGCCAAAUCUGAUGGGAUGAGAUAAAGCACUGCUUUGCACUACGACAAGCUAAUGUGUGGAUGUGGUGAGUGAGGAGGAAGUGAAAAGUAACCGUUAACCAUCUUGUGUAAUGCUACUAUGUUCCUCUUUGGAGUAUAUAGCCAUAAGAUAGAAAUAAUUCAUGUUUGAAAUCUUUGGCUUAUUUUUGUAUGGAAUUAUUUAUAGAUCAAUCCUUUUUUUAUAUAUACAGAAAAUUUUAAACCAGAAACUAAAGCACAUUUUGCUGGUAUGUCUGUUUGGUUUAGUUGUUUGUGCACAAGUCUGGUUCCGUCGGGUAGUGCUGGCACCGCCACAGUUCUUUUUUCCUGGAAAAGAAGCGUGUUUCAGUAAAAUGGCAUUUUGUUAAGCUUUUUCUUUGGAAUUGAUUAAGCUUAAUGAUAAUAAUAAAAAAAAUAGAGAUGUUGUCAAACGUUAAA